ACAGAACAUUUUUUUCACCAUGGCUUCCUUUUUUAAAAUUCCUCCCUUCCCCAGGAAAACGUACUUCCAGAAUUUUUAAUUGCAACAUUGUGUAUUUCUUUUCUUUCCCACCCCUGCUAUUUUUGUAUUUCUGCCUUUCAAAAGAGUAGCUUGAAUGAUUGGCUUUGUUUACAAGUGCCUUGUGUUUUGCUAAGAAAGGAACGAGUACAGGAAGAAGCUGAAUAGUGGCCUUUUUGCCUCCUUUUUAGAUUCAGUGCUAACUAUUCAGGAGCAAUGUUAAGAUUUACAUGGAGAAACUGAGGCACAGAAAAAAAAUUAGCAGGUGAACAAUGGAUUGCUAGUAACUGGAAUUCUGACCAUAUUGUCAAAUAAUACAAACUAUGAACCAGUUCCCAUGGACUGAAUGGAAGAAUCUGAAUAUGAAUGAUAGUAUUGUGAAUGUAUCUGAGCAUCUCUCCUGCCCUUUUGGAUUGGGACACUAUAAUGCCAUUGACAUCUGCAUCCUUGAGACUAUUAUUAUCAUCUUACUAACAUUUUUAAUUAUUGCUGGUAACUUAACAGUAAUUUUUGUCAUUCACUGUGCUCCACUGUUGCAUCAUUAUACCACCAGCUACUUUAUUCAGACUAUGGCAUAUGCUGAUCUUUUUGUUGGGAUUAGUUGCUUAAUUCCUACCUUGUCAUUGCUUCACUAUUCUACAGGUGUCCAUGAGUCCUUAACUUGUCAAAUUUUUGUGUAUGUCAUCUCUGUAUUGAAAAGUGUUUCUAUGGCCUGCCUUGCUUUCAUUAGUGUGGAUCGCUACCUUGCAAUCACAAAACCACUCUCCUAUAAUCAGUUGGUCACCCCUUGUCGAUUGAGAAUCUGCAUUAUUUUGAUUUGGCUGUACUCAGGCCUUAUCUUCUUGCCUUCCUAUUUUGGCUGGGGAAAGCCCGGUUAUCAUGGAGAUAUUUUUGAAUGGUGUGCAAAUUCUUGGCUCACCAAUGUCUAUUUUACCGGAUUUAUUGUCUGCUUGCUCUAUGCUCCAGCUGCCUUCAUAAUCUGUUUUACAUAUUUCCAUAUAUUCAGAAUUUGCCGGCAGCACACCAAAGAGAUAAAUGACAGGAGAGCUCGAUUUCCUAGUCACGAAGUAGAUACUGCUGCAGAAACUGGACAUAACCCAGAUAGUCGCUAUGCUAUGGUUUUAUUUCGUAUAACCAGUGUGUUUUAUGUGCUCUGGCUGCCCUACAUUAUAUACUUCAUGCUAGAGAGCACUAGGGUGCUGGAAAAUCCAGCACUCUCUUUUGUAACAACCUGGCUUGCUAUAAGCAAUAGUUUUUGUAACUGUGUAAUAUAUAGUCUGUCAAAUAGUGUUUUUAGAUUGGGGCUUUGGAGAUUGUCAGAGACAAUAUGUUCAGCUUGUAUAUGUAAAAAAGAUAGCAUGGUUCAAGAGCCAGUUCCUAGAAAACGGGCUAAUUCCUGCUCUAUCUAAGGAAAAAAUAGGCAGUCAAAUACAAUCUGAUGUAUAGGCUUUGUAGUA